AUGAAUACGAUUGGUGCUAGAUAUCGUAUCGAUCCAGAAGUCUUUCGAAGACAGCUCCAGCAGGUCCCUGGAAGCGAUUACUACGACUUACCAGACCUUCCCUCUUCUUCCAUCAACAUCAUCAAACUAUUCACUACCACGAUCGGUUAUGGGGAGGUACCUUCUAGCAGCAGGCACGAACAUGAAACUCAGCUGCAAGAUCACUUCAACAAUCUCGGAAAGAGCGGACUGAUUGGAGAGUCGAUCAUCCGCCAACUCUGGAAUCAUGACGAAAUGCAUUUCUCGAUUGAGCAAAACAUUAUCGUGAAUGUCGUCAGAAGACAAGAGGGCUGGCUAGCAUUGAUACUCCUUGACCACGGACGGGACCUUGAUGAAGGACCACAAGGUCCUUGGCUGGAGCCUCUUUGCCAGAGAGGCAAGUUCAGCAGCGUCUUUCAGCCCGUGAUCCAGUUUGAGCCGAAAAUCUGGUCCACGGAGAAGCAAGCGAAUACGAACAAUCUUGGUGUGUCGAGUGACGUGGCCAGCGCGACCCGGAGACCAUACGCACAAAGCGCUUCAUUACUGGCUAGCCGUCACUACGGCCAAUUUUUGUCGUUACCAUUGAUGCGUAUCGAUCCUUUCUAUGCCCUGCACGAUCUAUUCAUAUUCUGUAGCAGCGCUGAAAAUCAGUUCUUGAACGCUCUGAGAUACAAAGUGAAGUCUUCAUUUUCCAACAACAACGACGAGAAAUAUCUUCAGCAGUCUCUCGAGAACUUUCGGUACCAUAAGAAUAUACUUCGCUCAAAGAUAGAGCGAUUUGAAGAUAUAAUCAAGUGCAUUCGCCUGCGUGGUGAUAGAAAAUGGCAUACGUGGCAGCCAUCAGCACAAUCCCCAGCUGCCAGAGCACCGGUUCCAUUACAUCCGUCGAAUAAAGACAAGGAGAAUGCUAUACUUCAAGGCGAUGCAGACGCAUCUGCAGUCAAAAUCCUUCAAGAUUACGAAGCCUUGUUGCAAAAGGCCAUAGCACUCUCACGAUUGUAUAACGAAGAGCUGGAUGAAUUGCGCACCUCUGCAGCAUUGCUGGAAGCCAAAAAGAGCGUAGAACAGGCCGAAAGUAUUGGGAGGCUUUCUUGGUUGGCUUUUCUUUUUCUCCCCCUCUCCCUCACGGCUGCACUCUUUGGGAUGAACUUCAAAGAGAUUGGCACGAACCUUAGCAUCUGGAUUUACCCGGCCUUAUCUGUUCCAAUUUUCCUGCUCACCCUCUUGAUCUAUUUCUGGCCCAACGCCCGUCAGUUUGCCCAGAUAAAUCUAGCCCGAUGCGGCUCUGUUGUAUCGAAGCGCGACUGGCAGCGUUUGCAGCGAUCAACAUCGAAAACAGCCGAUGCAGAUGCAGCAGCUGACGUGUAG